AUGCUCGCUUACUCAGAGAGGAGCCAAGGUUUGACAACAGCUCGGAUUGAGCUGGCAAGUCUAUGGAGAUUCGGCCCUCCUGCCGUUUUGACAAUUGUCUCCACGUUAUGGGCCAGGGUGGAGUUUCAAACACUCCGUUACUUCCCGUGGAUGACCGUCCACAAAGAUACCAUGUUCUCCGGUCACCACAUCACUUCGCUAGACUACACAUCCCUCAUACUUCCCAAAGUGAUAUUUCUCUCCUUGAAGCGCAAGGACUUUUUGGUGUGUCUGGCUUCAGUCUUGGCUAUGUUAAUGAAAGCUCAAGUUGUUCUGUCGGCCAAUCUUUUCUACGACAAAGCUUUGAGGUAUUCUUCCCCUCUUGAAAUCGAGCUCCUUGACACAUUUCAAACAAGCCAUGAGCUGGACUCCCGCUCCAACAACAACAAGUCCACCUAUUUCGCCGCAAGAGCAUUUCACGACUUCCACAUGAACCCACCAUUCGGCGUCGCGGAACAGGCAGCCUACCAAACUUUCAAGCCGGCAGGUUCUGACACAGUUACCCGUGGCACAAGCGAUAUGCCUAUUACUGUGACCGUGGAUGCGCUAUUUACUGAUAUCCAGUGUCUUCCAAUGAAAGAGUUCGAGUCUUCUGUCGCUCGAUUCGAGAAUACUAAAACUCUUAAGUAUGAUAACUCGACGCUCAAUUUUACGUCGCAAAGAUAUCGCUUCACGUUUGAUAUUCUUUUUGAGGGGUGCGAUAGGCCCGUACAUAUCAAUGUUACAUCGCGGUCUUCUGAGGUUGAAGAUGGUAGCUGGACGCGUCAAAUAGUCAAUGAAACGCCCACGCCAUGUUCCUCUUUACCCACGCAGUUCCCUUCUUUCGUCUAUCUGGGGCAUCUUGAGAAGUUACCUGAGAAAAACAGGUCUAUGCCGGUUGUGAAAAGAUGUGCCGCCAUCAUCUGCUCUCCUACAGCAUGGGUAUCCAAGGUGGAGAUCCAGGAUGAUGGCAUCAAACCCGUGCUCCGACGUCUGCCUGAUAAAGAAAUCAUUAAAGUAAAUUCCAAUCCUUGGAACCUUCUGUCAAAUAUCAUCACGUUCCCGUAUGGAAACGUGGACGAUGGUGAUAUUGGAUGGCCCUGGGCCGCCGGACCUUUGGGUGCUGACAGCAUGUGGUUAGGGAUGGACAACAUCAGUACCACUGACGAGUCCCUGUAUCAGAAUGAGAGGCUGAUAAGAGCUGUUCAGAACCUGACCAGAGUAUUUGGGCCCUUUGCUAGCAAUGGUCAUCUCCGUGAGAAUAAUAAGUCUUCAAUAAUCGGGUCGAGAAUCGGGAUAAUUCAAAAGCUCCAGAUAAACCAAAGGAUCUGCAUCGCCAUGGCUGUGAUUUUUCUGUUUCGGGUCUAG